GCGGGUAGCGAACAUAACCAAAGAUUGCAUUCAAAACGGAGAGCUUGGACUUGGACGUGUUUUGGACGCACGUCGCUCGAUCUGCAACAACAAUUGUCAAUAGCCACAAGAUCCGACAAUGUUUACGACAUUGGAUAGCUUUGAUACAGAAUACUCAGCCGAUUCUGUAGAAUGGUGUCCGGCGGAAGGUUUUAAAGAUUUGUUUGUAUGCGGAACUUACCAACUGGUUCCGGGUGAAGAAGACAACAGCAGUGGCUCAAAAUCCCAAAAAAUCCAGACACGUCUUGGGAAAAUUUAUUUGUUUCGUGUAAUCCUUGAUGGCAAGUUGCAGUUGGAACAAACUUUAGAAACUGCAGCAGUGCUCGACAUGAAAUGGGCGCACAGACAUUUUCAUGGGGAAAUUCUGCUCGGCGUUGUUAAUUCUAUUGGAUUUUUGCAAAUAUUUCGUUUGAGUUCUGACUGUACUCCAGAAAUAAAAUUAAUAACAGAGAUUCGGAUUCGCGAGUGCGAGGACGAAAUUUUAGCUCUUUCCCUGGACUGGAAUACAGCCCGAUGGAUUGAAAAUUCAACUGAAAAUAUUCAAAUUGCUGUGAGCGAUUCCAAAGGUGCCAUUUCCCUUUAUUCAUUCGAUGGCCAAAAACUUGAACUUUGCGCUGUCAAGAAAUUACAUGAAUUCGAAGCAUGGAUCACUGCUUUUGAUUACUGGUCUACAAACGUUAUUUAUUCAGGAGGUGAUGACAGCAAAUUUCAUCGACUCGAUUCUAGAAUGGGACUCGAGUCAACGGCCUCAAACAAAAAGCAUGGAGCAGGAGUAACGAGCAUACAUUCGAACGCUACGAGAGAAUUCUCUUUAGCGACUGGAAGUUACGACGAAAUACUGAGACUGUGGGAUACGCGGAAUCUUCGUGCUCCGAUUUCGGAGACAAAUCUUCAAGGUGGAAUAUGGCGGCUAAAAUGGGACCCUCAUAAUCAUAAAUAUUUAUUGGCAGCUUGUAUGUAUGGUGGAUUUCGUGGAAUCGAUUGUUCCGACGAAUCUGCACCGCAAAUUCUCGCCGAAUAUAACGAGCACGAGAGCAUAGCUUACGGCUGCGACUGGUCGUUUUUAAAUGAUACUUGUCUGAGCUCUAAAAUUCUUGGCGAAUCACCAAAAAAUAUCGUUUUAGUAGCGACAUGUUCGUUUUACGAUCACACGUUGAAAAUAUCGAGUUUGAAGCUCGGCGAUGCAUAGAUUUUUCGUCAUAUCCAAAUUUUAUCAAAUGCAAAAUUAUUAUGGUAUUCGCAAUCAAUAAAAUGUCAUUU